AUGGAGUCGGGAGAUGUGGACAAUUACUUCAUGCUCGAUAUGGCGGGUGCGCCAGAGGAAGGGGAAGAGGAGCUUGAACAGACUCAGGAAGGCCAAGAUGCCGAAGCGGAGGCAGACCUCGGGUGGGCGGUCGAUACCGCUGCUGACAGCCGGGAUGUGGCGGCAGACAUCGGCGACACCGACUUCGAGGAGUAUGCCGCAGACUUAGAAGCGCAAGCGCAGCUGCAGAUGGAAGCGGAGGUGGACGCCCAAGCAGAGCUUGCCUUGGCAGAAGAGGAUGCCCGCGCGCAGGAGCUGGCCCAGGAGGCAGCAGCUGUGGCGGCGGCCUUCGGAGUGGAAGACGAGGUCCCAAACUUUGCAAUGGAGUUCGCUCCAGAGAAUGGCACGCCCGUCCACAUGCAGCAAGAGGCAUUGGACUUUGAGGCAGCUGGGGAAGCUGAGCUCGGGGAAGAGGAAGCUCCCGAGCAGGCGGACACAGAGGAGGUCGCCGAAGCCGAUGCAGAGAUGCAAGAGGACGAGGCCGACAGGGCGGAUGAAGCCGGCGACAGUGCUGCGGUAAGCUUGCAGCCGUCACGGAAGCGGUCUCGCGAUGCCGCCUUCGCGGAAGCACAGGAGCUCCUAGCGACGGUCACACCUGCAGCUUUGUUGGGGAAGCUUCGGCGCCUGGACCCUGUGGCGGGCAUCGACGAGUAUUACCUGGUAGAUGGCGAGUUGGAGGGCCAGGCCCUCGCCGAGGACUUCCAACUCACCCGCGACUUCUACUCCGCACAGGCGCUGGAGAACUCCCUCGUGUCGAUGCGUGCCGCAGUGCAGCGAGUGCAGUCACGAGUGAAGAUCCCGGAGAACAGCAGCAUAAUAGAAGUCCUUCCAGGCCGUCUGACCUGCUCAUGUCUCGGGCGGUGCUUAGUAGCACAUCCCACAUGA